CUGAAAAUUUGACAGAAUAUUAUAAAUUUUAAAGAAAUAGAAUGAAAAAGAUUCGUGUUGGAAUUAACGGAUUUGGUAGAAUUGGGCGUAUUUUUUUGCGAAUUUCCUCUCAAGCCUCCAAUAUUGAAGUAGUAGCAAUUAAUGAUCCUUUUAUAAAACUUGAUUAUAUGGAAUAUUUAUUUAAAUAUGAUACAGUACAUGGCCAAUUUCAGGGCGAAGUUUCUACAACUAGGGAUGGUUUAUCUGUAAAUGGGAAGACAAUUCGUGUUUUUUCAGAGAGGGAUCCAGCAUCAAUUCCAUGGGGUUCUUGUGAAGCAGAAUACAUUGUUGAAGCAACAGGAGUCUUUACGACAGAGUCUCAAGCAUCUUUGCAUCUUCGGGGAGGCGCCAAGAAAGUUAUUAUUACUGCGCCUUCAAAAGAUGCACCUAUGUAUGUAUGUGGAGUUAACCUUGAUGCAUAUGACCCUUCAAAAAAAGUUAUUUCAAAUGCAUCAUGUACAACAAAUUGUUUAGCACCUUUAGCUAAAGUGAUUCAUGACAAUUUUGAAAUUGUUGAGGGUUUAAUGACAACCGUUCAUGCUACUACAGCAACUCAAAAUACUGUUGAUGGCGUAUCUCAAAAGGAUUGGAGAGGCGGAAGAUCCGCAUUUGGGAAUAUAAUUCCGUCAGAAACAGGUGCUGCUAGUGCUGUGGGGAAAAUAAUUCCUUCACUUAAUGGAAAACUUACUGGAAUGGCAUUUCGCGUUCCUGUAGCUAAUGUAUCAGUUGUGGAUUUAACUGUUCGUCUUAGAAAAUCUACAACAUUUGCUGAACUUAAACAAGCAAUUAAAACUUCAUCAUCUGGAGAGUUAUCUGGCAUAUUGUCCUAUACAGAGAAUGAUGUUGUUUCAUCUGACUUCAUUGGUUCAACUUAUAGCUCAAUAUUUGAUGCGAAGGCUAGUAUAGCUCUAAAUGAUAAUUUUUUCAAACUUAUAUCAUGGUAUGAUAACGAAUGGGGCUAUAGUUCUCGCAUACGCGAUUUAGUUCAAUUCAUUGCUUCUCAGGAUGAAGAGGCUGGCGUUUGACUUUAUUUUUAAAAUGCUGAAUCCUCUAAUAAAAAUUACUUUAUUAGUAGAAAAUUUA